UCGCUGUUUUAUUAACGUAAUGGGUUAUAUUCGAGUCCCUGGUCGCUGAAUAUGCCGGUGCAAUACUUGUCAAUGUUUAAGGCGUGUGCUGCAUGAUGUUGUUAAACUGAUCACCUGCCAAGAUCCCCUCCGCGGACUUGAAGGGGGGGAAAAAAAAUCGGAUCACAUUUGGGGGCCAUGGCGGCCCAAGACAGUCAGAUUGCAAUGGGAAAAAGACACAAAUUUUACGAAAAGGGUAAAAAGCGCCGGCGUGACGAUGGAUUCUCUGAUGAAGAGGAGAAUGCAGAACUGGAAGGUGUUCCACAAGCUUCUAAACAAAAUGUUGAGGAACGUGGAGACCAGUCAACUCCUAAAGACCAAUAUGGAGCUUUUGACUAUCGAUCACAAAUGGAGCUAAGAGAAGACCAUGAAACACGCCCACUCUGGAUUGCAACUAAUGGCCACAUCUUCUUGGAAUCCUUUUCUCCUGUUUAUAAACAUGCCAAAGAUUUCCUUAUCACCAUUGCUGAACCUGUGUGUCGUCCAGAGAACGUGCACGAAUACAAAUUGACAGCAUACUCGCUCUAUGCUGCUGUAAGUGUUGGUUUACAGACCCAUGAUAUUAUUGAAUAUCUCAAGAGACUUUGCAAAACAACCUUACCCCCUGGAAUCUGUCAGUUUAUACAAAGUUGCACGCUCUCAUAUGGAAAGGUUAAAUUGGUGUUGAAGAAAAAUCGGUAUUAUGUUGAAAGUGAUUUCCCAGAUGUUAUCCAAAAACUUAUCAAACAUCAAACCAUCCAGGAGUGUAUGUUGAGUCCUAGCGAAGGAAUAGUGAGCACAGAGAAGCAAAAAUCCCAAGCUAUCAUGUUCACAAGUCACCAAGCUCAGCUGGCAGGGGGUUCGGAGGACGUGAAGGCUGAUGGCAAGACGGAUGGUGCUGAUGCUAAUGGUGUCAACAAGGAAGGCGAUGGAGCUGUGCCCGAAGAUAUUACAGAUUUUUAUGAUAAAAUUGAUAAAGCUGAUGAGGAGGAGGAUGAAGAUACAAAUCUUAAGACUUUAUCUUUUGAGGUGAAUCAAGAUCAAAUUGAAUUGCUACAGAAAACAUGCAUAGGACUUGAUUACCCAUUGCUGGCUGAGUACGACUUCAAAAAUGAUACUGUGAAUGAGGAUAUUAAAAUCGAUCUUAAACCAUCUGCUGUGUUACGACCCUACCAGGAGAAAAGUUUACGAAAAAUGUUCGGAAAUGGACGUGCAAGAUCGGGUAUAAUUGUGCUUCCCUGUGGAGCAGGUAAAAGUUUAGUUGGUGUCACAGCUUGCUGCACUGUUAACAAGAAGGCUCUUGUUUUGUGCAACUCUGGUGUGUCUGUAGAACAGUGGAAACAGCAGUUUAAGAUGUGGUCCACAGCUACAGAUGAUAUGAUUUGUAGGUUUACCUCUGAUGCUAAAGAUAAGCCAUUCAAUGCUGGUAUCUUGGUGACUACGUAUGCCAUGAUUUCCCAUAAUCAGAAGCGUGCAUAUGAAGCCGAACAGACGAUGAACUGGCUGAAGGAGCAAGAGUGGGGUAUAAUGGUUCUUGAUGAAGUGCAUACUAUUCCUGCCAAAAUGUUUCGAAGAGUUCUCACAAUUGUUCAAUCACAUUGUAAGCUGGGACUAACUGCAACACUUGUUAGGGAGGAUGAUAAGAUUGCUGACCUCAAUUUCCUGAUUGGUCCUAAGCUCUAUGAAGCCAAUUGGUUGGAACUGCAGAAAGAGGGAUUCAUUGCAAAGGUGCAGUGUGCCGAGGUAUGGUGCCCUAUGACCCCAGAGUUUUACAGAGAAUAUCUUAUGGCAAAAGUAUCAGACCAAAAAAUUAAAUUGCUCUGUGCUAUGAAUCCCAAUAAAUUCAGAACAUGUGAAUUCCUUAUCAAAUACCAUGAAAAUCGCAAUGACAAGAUAAUCGUUUUUAUUGAUGAAGUGUUUGCACUAAUCCAUUAUGCGAAAACUAUGCAGAAACCUUAUAUAUGUGGAAAGACUGGGCAGAAAGAACGAAUGGCUAUUAUUCAGAACUUCAAGUUGAAUCCAAAAGUGAAUACAAUAUUCUUCAGUCGAGUAGCAGAUACAUCAUUUGAUAUUCCAGAAGCAAAUGUUUUAAUUGAAAUAUCUUCACAAGGUGGAUCUCGGCGUCAGGAAGCUCAGAGAUUGGGCCGUAUUCUGAGAGCCAAGAAAGGAGCUAUCGCAGAAAAUUUCAACGCAUUCUUUUAUGCCCUCUUAUCUCAGGACACACGAGAGAUGGGAUACUCGCGCAAAAGGCAAAGUUUUUUGAUUAAUCAAGGUUAUGCAUACCAAGUGAUUACACCAACCCAGAUGGUCGGCAUGGAGGACGAGCAGCUGCACUACACAACACGAGAAGAAAAAGUCCAGCUCCUGGAACAAAUCUUAGCUGCUUCGGAAUCGGAUAUGUAUGAAGAAGGUGUGUCUAACGAGCGUGGCAUGUCUGGAUCUCAACGUCGGGUGGGCAAUAUGGGAUCAAUGUCGGGUGCGGAUGACUCAAUUUACGGAGAAAGAAGAAGAGGAGCAAAGAAAGACAGUCACCAUCAUUUUCUUUUCAAGAAGUUUAGGUCAUAGAGCUCAGCAUUUUCUUAUUAUGGACUGUAGAUCAUGAAGGUAUAGUAUCUUUUUUUCAUCUGAUAAUUACCUUAUCUUGCCUUGUUAAAUUACAUUUGAACUUUGAGUGGCAUUCUUUGAGGGUUUUAAGUUCUAGUGAAAUGUUUUUUUAUUAAUGGCUAAAGGAUUACACAAUAAUGGCCCCAGAUGGACCAAAAUGUUGUCAAUGUUUUGUCUUCAGAUUAGUGGAUUGGAUGUCUGAUUGACUAAAAAAAUUUAAUAUUUGUUUGCCUUAAUUGUUUUACCAUCUUUUUGUAUAUUUAAGAUGGGUAAAGCCCAUCUCUAUUUUUUUUUUUUAUCCCUUCAAUUUUUUUUUAAUGAUCUGUGAUAUACUAAAUAAUGUGUUGGAACCCAAAUAUAUUUUGCAAUAUAAAUAAAUUUAAAUGUAUUUUUAUUUGAUAACCAAGGAGUUUCUUCACUUACAAAAUAUUUUUUUGUCUAGAAGGUCAGGCAAAAUGUUGCUGCUUGUGGUAGACUCCCAACCUCUUUACACACUAAAUUGUUUUUCCAAAUAUUUAUAUGCAUAUGCUGUAUUGAAUUUCAUUAUAGGUUUUAUUGACAUUUGUACUGUACAGUAUUACCGAUAUAUAUAAAUUGUACUAAUGUAUGGCCACAAAGUGCAGGACUUUCAAUCGGACAUUAUUCAGUUGUGAUGAAAAGUUAACAGGUGAUCGUAAUACAGAUGGGAAGGGAAUUAUCAGGAGAAAGUGCUAAGUCAUUAUGAGUAUAUAGCACUGGGAAGGGGUCAGGAUAAGGAUUUGGGAUGGGACGGGGGGGGGGGAGGAAUGGUGCCCAACCACUUCGACGGUCUGGGAUUGAACGCCGACCUGCACGAAGCGAGACCUUCGCUCUACUUUCCACCCCAAUUGGUUGGUUGUUGUUUCAUGCCUAUUAUGUGGCUAGUCUGGAUGUCUUGAGUUUUCUCGUGAUUAGUGUAUAUUUGGGUUUUCUUCUCCACCCUACCUUGAGGUUAUCUUAAGUGAUUCAAAGGACCAGUUUCUGAGUGGUCUGGUCAGCUAGGCUGUUUAAGUGGGCUGAAUCAUGGAUUCUCCUGAACAUCAUUUCAGAUUAUUUAAGUUGUUUAAACAAGCUUGGUACUAAGACUAGUUAAAAAAAAAAUGUUUUUGGUCGUUUGAUUUUGUACGCUUGUUUAGCAAAUAUUACUGCAAAGUCAUAUAAUUGGUAUCACUGGAAAGUACAAAAGAAGUUUUAUAUAGUUUGCAAAAAAUGUAUAAAUACAGUAGUGUAUUGUGUAACUAUAAAACCAAAAUCACGAAUCAUGAUUUCUUUUCGAAUAUUGUAAAAUUGAAUAACAUUUUUGAAAUAUGAUUUAUAAAUUUUGCAAGGCCUACUGAUUUGCGCAUGAAGUGAAAAUUUUCAGCAAAAUCUGAUAUUGUAAUGGACAAAUUCGCAAAAAACUUGUUCACAAAAAAAAGGU